AUUCAUUGUUCGAACUCAACUCCACCUCCUUGAAAGAAAAUUUUGGUCGCACGCACUCGUUGUUCUCCGUGUACAAUAAGCGUAUGUUAUACGUUUCGGUCUAUUGGCGACGGAUUUAUUGGCAACGGAUCAGGUAAAAAAGAAUAAUGAGUCCUCCAAUAUUAUCUAUUAAUAAUGGAAAUAGUCCUGCAGUUUCAUCAGAUGCUUAUCUGAGUAAAUUUCGCAACUCCAAGGUUGAAUCUUCAAAGCCAUUUGCAUCGGUCACCAUGGAAGUCACCAUGGAAGAUGAAAAGCCGUUUAAUUUUUUGCAGAUACUAUUUGAUGGUAUUAUAGCAGGAGGCACUGCUGGUGUUGUUGUUGAAUCAGUCCUAUAUCCUAUAGAUACGAUAAAGACUCGGCUUCAGGCUGCUCGUGUUGGGAGCAAAAUCCAAUGGAAAGGCUUGUAUUCAGGGUUGGCUGGAAAUCUUGCUGGGGUCUUACCGGCAUCAGCUGUUUUCGUGGGUGUAUAUGAGCCCACCAAACAAAAACUGUUAAAAGUAUUUCCAGAAAAUCUUAGUGCUUUUGCUCAUCUGACUGCAGGUGCCAUUGGAGGUGCUGCAUCUUCACUUAUUCGUGUCCCCACAGAGGUAGUCAAACAAAGAAUGCAGACAGGGCAAUUUGCCUCUGCACCUGAUGCUGUUCGCCUUAUAGUAGCUAAGGAAGGGUUCAAAGGUCUUUUUGCUGGAUAUAGUUCCUUUCUACUGCGAGAUCUUCCAUUUGAUGCAAUCCAAUUCUGUCUGUACGAGCAACUUCGAAUAGGAUAUAAGAUUGCAGCACGGAGAGAGUUGAGUGAUCCGGAGAAUGCUGUAAUCGGUGCUUUUGCUGGUGCUAUAACUGGAGCUAUAACUACCCCUCUUGAUGUAUUAAAGACAAGACUGAUGGUUCAGGGUUCAGGAGCGAAAUACAAGGGACUUAUUAGUUGUGCUCAAACUAUUGUCAGAGAAGAAGGCCCUGCUGUUCUUUUGAAGGGUAUUGGGCCAAGAGUGCUAUGGAUAGGUAUCGGUGGUUCAAUUUUCUUCGGCGUUCUGGAGAAAACAAAGCAACUCCUCUCAGACCAUCAUUCUACCAAGAGCUUGAAAUCUGAAUCUUCAAAAGUAAAGUGAUACUCGGGGGAAUUUUUCUUAAGUACACAUUUUUCUGCCAAAUGAUUAGAUAACAUAAGGUUUUGGCGGGAUUGAUUGUACUCUUUUGUGGCCAAGAAGAGGAUGCUUUCAUGAUUACUUUUGUUAAAAGUCUGUUGUUGUUUGUUCACUUCCAGAAUCAAAUUUCCUGAACAGAAUAGGCUCGACAAUAGUUUUUUUUUCGGGGGCAGGCUCGCAAUAAGUUAUUUCUCAAUUUUGUGUGGAUUUCAUGUCUUUCCUCUAAUACUUUACCUUACAGUUGAAACUAAGUAAAUUUGCACAUUUUUUCU